AUGCCCAAGAAGUCAUGGAUCAACAAGAAGACGGCCCAGCACUUCACCCUGGUGCACCGGCCCCAGAACGACCCCCUCAUCCACGAUGAGUCGGCCCCGUCCAUGAUCCUGAACCCCACCGACCCGGCCCAGGCCGCCGCCGCCUCCUCCUCCUCCUCCUCCUCCUCGUCCAAGCCGGCCGACCGGUCCAAGCACCUCGAUGACCUGGCCUCGGAGCUGGGCGUCGACGCCGCCAAUGUCCGCGCCAACGAGGGCGAGGCCGCCAACUACGGCGUCUACUACGACGACACCGAGUACGACUACAUGCAGCACCUGCGCGACCUGGGCGACCGCUCCGGCGGCGGCGACGUCAUGUUCAUCGAGGCCGACGCCGCAGGCACCAACCGCGGCAAGGCCAAGGCCAAGCAGCAGCAGAAGAGCCUCGAGUCCGCCCUCCGCGACCUCGACAUCCAGGCUGAAGCCGACAAGAAGCGCGACCUCUUCGACGAGGACUUCCUGCCCAGCAAAAACCUCACACACAAGACCUACCAGGACAUGCAAGACGUGCCCGACGCCAUCGGUGGCUUCCAGCCCGACAUGGACCCCCGGUUACGCGAGGUCCUCGAGGCCCUGGAAGACGAGGAGUACGUGGACAACGACGAAGGCGACGACAUCUUCCAGUCUCUGACCAGGGACGGCGAGGAGAUUGACGACUACGAGUUCGACGAGGUCGCCGACGACGGUUGGGAGACGGACGACACGGCAAAACCGGGCAACGAGUACAGAGCUGCCACGGCUGCGGACGGCGAUGUGGUCCCCGACUUGGUACCCGUCCCGGACCUAGAUGCCGACGAGGCUGCCGAGGCCGCCGACACAGUGAACUGGAUGGAGGACUUCAAGGCCUUCAAGAAGGACCAGAAGGCGACCGGCUCGCGGAAGCUGGGAGGCCCGCCAUCACAGUCCGACCUGCAGUCUUCCAUCAUGACCACGACCACCAACGGCGGCCGGAGGAAGAAGCGCAAGGGUGCCCUGACGGACGCGUCGUCCUACUCCAUGACCUCGUCGUCGCUGGUCCGCACCGAGCAGCUCGGCAUCCUCGACGCCCGCUUCGACAAGGUCGAGGAGCAGUACCAGGCCGACUUUGACGACGACGGCAUGGGCUCCGUGUCGGCCGUCUCGACGGCCUCCACCAUCGACGGGCCCAUGCGGGGCGAUUUCGACAGCGUGCUGGACGACUUCCUGGGCGGCUACAAGCAGAUCGGCAAGAAGCACAUGCGCAAGGGCGGCUGGAAGAACGGCACAGAGCAGCUGGACGAGAUACGGCGCGACCUGGGGCCGGCGAGGAUAAAGGGCAGGGCGGGGACCAAAAAGGCCCCCGCCGCCAGGUAG